CCAUGAAGUGAACUACCACUACUCAGUACUCCCUACCCUAAACAAACCGAAGAAGCUUAACGGCCUCCUUUUUUUUCUUCCCUGUCUUGCCUGCUUUAUAUAUAUCCUCUUCUUACUAGAACUUCCAAAGAUUUUUUUUUUUCCUUCAAGAACAAGUAUAUUAUAUAUAUAUAUAUAUACACACAUACCUAUUUCCCGGCCUUGAAAAAGCUGCGAUUUUAUCCUGCCUUUGGUCGUAUUCGCCUGCUAUAAAUAUCCAUCCGCCCAGGAAACGCUCGGCAGAUGCUCAAGUGCAGUCCAUAGACGUUUUCUGGACUGGGGCCUAGUAUUUCAUCAUCAGUUGUAUCUCUUUGGACUGUGUGAAACAGUGGAAUAUAUGUACAGUAUGGUGGAGCCGGGCGGCGCAAAGGUGGUGGUAGUUAGGGAGUUCGAUGCUCGGAAAGAUUGCGACGGCGUCGAGGCGGUCGAGCAGCGGUGCGAGGUCGGACCCAGCGGCAAGCUUUCCCUAUUCACCGACCUCCUCGGCGACCCAAUUUGCAGGGUCCGCCACUCCCCCACCUAUCUCAUGCUGGUGGCGGAGACGGUGGUUUCCGGCGGAGCAGAAGAUAAAGAGGAAGCAAGGGAAAUAGUGGGGAUGAUAAGAGGUUGCAUCAAGAUCGUUACGUGUGGGAAGAAACUGCCUAGAAAGAAUGGCAACGAUGAUAUUAAUAAUAUGGCCACGAAGCCUGUUCCUAUCUACACCAAACUCGCCUACAUCUUAGGCCUUCGCGUCUCUCCUUCUCACAGGCGAAUGGGUAUUGGUUUGAAGCUGGUUCGUCGAAUGGAGGAGUGGUUCCGAGAAAACGGCGUCGAGUAUUCGUACAUGGCCACCGAAAACGACAACCACGCGUCCGUUAAUCUCUUCACUGAAAAAUGCGGCUACUCAAAAUUCCGUACGCCGUCGAUCCUGGUCCGACCCGUUUUCGCACACCGAGUUCGCGUGAGCAACCAGGUCACCGUCAUCAAGUUGUCGGCCUCCGACGCCGAGGCUCUCUACCGGCGGCGAUUCGCCACCACCGAGUUCUUUCCCCGGGACAUUGACUCGGUGCUGAACAACAAGCUUAAUCUGGGCACCUUCGUGGCGGUUCCACGGGGGAGCUACUCGGCCGAGUCGUGGCCAGGGUCGGACCGGUUCCUGGGGAAGCCGCCCGAGUCGUGGGCAGUGCUCAGCGUCUGGAACUGCAAGGAAGUUUUCCGGCUCGAGGUCCGCGGCGCGUCGCGCGUGAGGAAGGGGCUCGCCAAGACCACUCGGCUGGUGGACCGGGCCUUGCCGUGGCUGCAUUUGCCGUCGGUGCCGGAGUUGUUUCGGCCCUUUGCGUUUCACUUUCUCUUUGGGCUUGGCGGGGAAGGCUCAUUAGCAGCCCAGUACAUAAAGGCCCUGUGCGGCGUGGCCCAUAACCUGGCGAAGGAGUAUGGUUGCGGAGUGGUGGCGACCGAGGUGUCGAGCCGGGAGCCGCUCAGGAAGGGGAUUCCACACUGGAAGGCGCUAUCGUGCGCCGAGGACCUGUGGUGCAUCAAGAGGCUCGGGGAAGACUACAGCGACGGGGCUGUUGGUGACUGGACGAAGUCGCCACCUGGCAUCUCCAUUUUCGUUGACCCCAGAGAAUUCUAAGUCUUAACGACAAAAGUUUUUUUUUUUUUUUUACUUUUACUUUAUGGGUUAAAGCAGCGGCGGCAGCAGGAGGUGGAGGUGGAGGAAGCCAAGGGAUUUUAGAAGUUGGAAAAGUUUUUUUUAUUUGUUUUAUGUUUUGUUUUUAUUUUCCUUUUAGGGGGUGUUUUGACAUUCGAGAUUAGUUAAACAGAAUUUUGGUGGGUGGAGGUGGCGGCAAAAGGGGGAAAUGAUUAAAGGAAGGAAGUGCUUUUUGCUUGUUUGGAUGGUUGUUGUAAAGGGGGAGUGGUGCAUGUAUAAGAGUCUUUAUGUAUCGAUCGACCAUUACCCCACCUGAGCUGCCUUUUGGUAAAUGGAUGACCCUUCUCCCAGCCAAACGCGGUCUUGGUUUUAGCAUGUAGUUUCUCAUGAUAUUCCAUUCCAAAUAACCAAAUCCUUACAUAUCCCAAUUCGAAUAUCCCUUGCUCUAAAAGGACGCCCACUUAAAUGUUUUGAAAUAAGAAGGUGCGGAUGAACUGCGUUAGCACUGGAGAGGAGGAUUCCAAUCCAGGCUCUGCUGCUUUUUGUUUCCUUUAGAGAUAGAUAUGGGGCUCUCUUUUGAGAGGCGCAGCGGCGGUGGGGCUUUUAUGAAGAAGAUAUGAUUCGUCGUCUUCAUGGACAUGGAGAGAGAUGGAAGAGAGAGACGGCGGUGGGGUUUGGUUUCUUUGCGAAUGAUUUGUCUCUGUCCCCUCUCGUUUUUGGUUGGAUUUGGUUUGGACUUUGGAGGCUUCUUUCAGAUUCUCGGAUUUUGACACUCGAAAAUAGAAAGGAAAAAGGAAAAGAAAAAACCCACAAUGCAUAUGUCUUUUUGGCCCAUCAGAACUGUCCCUCCUCCAAUUCCAAUGUGGAUAUGAAUGAAUGAAAAUGAUCAAUUCCCCCCCCCCCCUUUUUUUUUUUGUCCUUCCGGAAAGUUGAUGCAGACUCUCUCUCGGGAAAAGCAGAUAAAGAAAAUUGCUCAUCCCCCACUUCCCUUCACGGGUUCGCGGAGUUGAUAGUGGAUGGUUGAAGUGACAAAUUAUGUGCCAUCACUACUCAAAACUUCUUUUUUUUCUUUUC